CAGCUCUGGGGUGCAUUGGUACGAUGGCGCCCUCUGGACGACACUGCAGACUCUCAGCUUCCCUUCCAAAACAUCAUCUUCAAAUCAACAUCACGUAGGCUCAGCGGCAGACGUGGAUCGCCAAACUGAACCAUAUCAAGCUCACACUCCAUUGUUUACCGCAAUCAGCUUAAAUCGCCUUUGCAAUUCUACUUGGUACAACACAGCGCCCUACAGCUCCUCCUCCGUCUGCAGUAAUCUUCUUCUCCGGCACAUUCAAUUACCAAACACAACCCCAAUAAUCCGCCAUGUCCACGCCACCUCCAACUUAUUCCGCUACCGCGCAAGAAGUGGUGCAGGAGGAGCGUAAAGAAGAUGGAACAAAGGUCACAGAGGUUACCGAUGGCGCAACAGAGGCGCCCGCCGCCGCCGAACAAGUGCUCGACAGCAAUGAAACGGUAGAGGAAUCGAACCCUCAAUCGGUAGAAGAAGACCGAAAAGACCAAGAGCACGAGGACGAUCCCGCGCAAAAGUCGAAAUCCGAGUCCCCAGACGGUCAAGCUUCGUCGCAAGGCGACCGCGAGUCGUCCUCGCCAUCGCCAUCCUCACCAGAUCGGGAUGAGAGCGCCGAACCCGGUGAAAUCGACGAAAGCGCCCCUCCCCUUCCCGACGAGCCUCUCCCGGACCAGACAGACAACGGCGAAUCAUCGUCAUCUGCACCUCCUCUACCCGCUGAGCCGGCGCCCGAACCAGAAGACGACGGCUGGGAGUACCAUUGGAAUCCCAACGACUCGUCUUACUGGUUCUACAACCGAUUUACUGGCGUAUGGCAGAAGGAGAAUCCACGAAUUCCAACCGCGACAGCAGCAGCAGCAGCGGUGGUGGCGCCGGUGGUCGUCCCUUCUGCCGUAGAACCCACAACCAUCAGCAACCCCAUCUCCGUUGCCGGCGGCUACAAUCCCGCCAUUCACGGCGACUACGACGAGAACGCGUGGUAUGCCGUCAACGCUCGCGCGGCUGCCGAGGCCGCCGCUGCCGCCACCAACCCGCUCGCCGGCUUGGACCCCACCGCUGCUGGGGCCGAGUUAGCCAGCACCGGCUACUUCAACCGGGCUACGGGCCAGUGGCAAGCGCCGGACCAGAACGUAGAGCGCCACUCGGACGAGGCCAAGAGCAAAAGGCAACUGAACGCCUACUUUGACGUGGAUGCGGCGGCGAAUAUGCACGACGGCCGAAGUCUCAAGGCGGAAAGGUCGGGCAAGAAGCCAAGUAGGGCCGAGCUGAAGGCGUUCAAGGAAAAGAGAAGGGCAAAGAAGGAGGAAAAGAGGAGGGCUUGGUUGCGUGAUUGAGAUACCAUUCCAUCGUCAGCCAAGCGUGGUUUGCUUGUCGCCUGUCCUUCUGGGUUUGCUUCUAGACGUAGAAUCAGGCGGGUGGAAAUCUUUUUUGAGGCAUACAUUUCAUUCUAUACCCGGGGGUUCUUGACGUUGACCACGCUUGUUAUUCUUUAGUUUCGAUUGACUAGAGGUUUGGGGUAACCUUUGAGCUGGAUAUUCUGUCUUUGGUUGGAUGAAGUUGACUGGUCUUAUACAGAGUCUCUCAGAUACGUAGGUGGGUUUGCGCUGAGUCUGAGAGUAGAUAGGGACAAGCAGAUCACUUUCCUGAAUAUAUAUCUAUUUACACGAGU